CGUUUUCCUUGUCUCAUCAAGCAGUGUUGUAAUUUGUCAUUUGAACGUUGAUCCUCUCACUGUCAGUGCCGGCCGAAACAAUCGUAAGCUUUCCGGUGGAGGGUUUAACGUUUGAUAGUAUUGAAAAGUCCGUUCGCGGUCCUUAAGGAGACGCGGAGAUACGGAGAUUGAAGAUCAUCAUCAUGUACGCAAUUUCUGAUACCAGUUCACAGCUGAACAGCGAUCCAGCCAUGGGGACCAAAAGUCUCAAGCUCUUUCAACCAAGAGCUCCUCUUUCUAGGCCUCCGCUGGCUCCGCCUGUUUCCGCUUCAUGUCAACCUCCGAACUUGGAAGACCCGGCUCCGGAACAUUUAAACGUGGUUGAGGAGAACGAUCUUUCCCAUCACUUCAUCCCAGAUUUUAACCUAGUCUCGGCGACAAAUUUUUCGCAGGAGAGUUCGAGCUGCUGUGUCUCCUCACUGGGAGGAUUUCUUGAAGAAGAGCAGAAAUCAUACGACGAGAGAGAAUGCAUUCCUGUGGGAUUCUUUUGGCGUAACAAGCAAAAGGUUUCAUCCGCAGAUGUGGCGUCGGUAGGUAACGCCAGUGACACCGUGGUGUCGGUGGACGACCAUCAACUCCAUCUGUCCGGUCGCGAUUUACACGAAUCCGCGAAGAUGGCCUUGAAUGCUGGAGACUUCACCAAAAGUCUGUCCAUGUUCGAAGCGAUUCUAAUGGCGCAAGCCCAGCGGUUUGGUCCCUGUCACCCAUCCGUUGCCGCUGCUAUGCACAAUGUCGGAGGUAUGCAUAUCAUGAAUCGUUUGAACAUGUUAUUUCAAGCUGUAGAUAGCUCAUCCUUCCUGUGCUCACUGCUUUUAGUCUGUCGACAGCGGAUGGGGCAACAUGAUACAGCGGAGAAUCUUUUUGCUGAAGCUGUUCAAGUGCGUCGGCAAACUCUCGGCAGCGAUCACCUGGAAGUUGCUGCUUCGCUUUCUAAGCUAGGAUCAACAAGAGUGGCGCUGCAAAAGUUCGAUUUGGCCUUUGGCGAUCUCCGAAACGCCUCCAAGAUUGCUACCAAAAAUCUUGGCCAUGAACACAAGACAGUUGCUCAAAUACAGUCCCACCUCGCAUGUUUGUAUUUCGAAGGCGGCGAGCUUUUUGCUGCUCAAGCAACUUUUGAGGACGCUCUAGAGAUCUACCGCGCUGUUUGGUCUAGUCAAGAGUCGAAUCGCGAUACCACUAUGAUGCAACUUACAGAUACACUUUGUAACAUUGGAUCUAUUUUGAACCGACGCAAACGUUUUGGAGAUGCUAUUCACUCCUUUUCGGAAGCUUUGGAUCUCCAACGUGGUAUUUUUUCCCACAACCACCCGCGCAUUGUGCAGACUCUGGACAAUUUAGGAUAUUCAUACUCAAAAAACAAGGAAUAUGGGAGGGCCUUGACCUGUUACAAGACUAUGCUUCGCAUGCAAUUCUCUCAUUACGGGACCUUCAACAACUUUUGCCUCGAAACAUUCCGCAAAGAAAUUAUAAUGUAUGAAAAGCUCAAACGUCUUCCCGAAGCAGUAAACGAAACGAAGGAAACACUCAAACUCGAAAUUUCGGUCUUGCCUAGAGAUCACACAAUCGUGGUCCAAACAAAACAGCUAUUGGAAGACUUGGUAAAGCGUUGCAAACGAAAGUCUUCGCCUUGACUUACACUUGCGUCAGGUUAACCUUCAUAGAUAUCAUUGCUACUUUGAAAGCUGUUCAAUGCUAUUGAUCCAAUGAGAGACAUCUCAGCGAGAUGAUCUUUGGAUUUACUGUCGACUGAAGGGCAUAUUUUGGUGGUUUCGUGAAAGUAAUGGCAAUUAAUAAAUUUAAUGGAAUGCGACAUAGUC